CAAAGUUUUUAACAAAAACCCCAACACACUCGCACUCUCUCGCCAUCCAACUCUUCCAAUGUCUUCCUCCAUCGUUUUUAAGUCCUUCACCGGACUCCGCCACUCCACCACCGUUGAUUCAUCUAAAACUACCACCCCUCUUAACCGCCAGCACCGCCGGAGCCUCCAAGUUUCCGCCAGCAAAACCAGCCCCAAGCUCCAAAACCGCAACCUCCGUGUAGCUGUCAUCGGUGGUGGCCCUGCUGGUGGUGCUGCUGCUGAAACACUCGCUAAAGGUGGCAUUGAAACUUUCCUGAUCGAGCGUAAGCUUGACAACUGCAAGCCAUGUGGUGGAGCUAUCCCACUUUGCAUGGUGGGUGAGUUCGAUUUACCAUUAGAUAUUAUUGACAGGAAAGUAACUAAAAUGAAAAUGAUAUCUCCAUCAAAUAUAGCUGUUGAUAUUGGUCAGACUCUAAAGCCUCACGAGUACAUUGGUAUGGUGAGAAGAGAGGUUCUUGAUUCUUAUUUAAGAGAGAGAGCUCAGAGUAAUGGUGCUAAGGUUAUUCAUGGUUUGUUCUUGAAAUUGGACAUUCCUAAAGGCAGUGGUAAUAAUGCACCUUAUGUUCUACAUUAUAACGAGUACGAUGGAAAGGUUGGCGGAACUGGGCAAAAGAAGACUCUUGAGGUUGAUGCUGUAAUUGGAGCUGAUGGUGCUAAUUCUCGUGUUGCCAAGUCUAUUGGCGCUGGUGAUUAUGACUAUGCCAUUGCCUUUCAGGAGAGAAUCAAAAUCCCAGAUGAUAAAAUGGUGUACUAUGAGAAUUUAGCAGAAAUGUAUGUUGGUGAUGAUGUGUCCCCAGAUUUUUACGGUUGGGUGUUCCCUAAAUGUGACCACGUUGCUGUUGGAACUGGGACAGUAACUCAUAAAGGGGACAUCAAGAAAUUCCAAUUAGCUACAAGAAACAGAGCUAAGGACAAGAUUCUCGGUGGUAAGAUUAUUCGAGUGGAAGCACAUCCUAUACCGGAACACCCUAGGCCUCGCAGGUUAUUGGACAGAGUUGCAUUAGUCGGCGAUGCAGCUGGAUAUGUGACGAAAUGCUCAGGUGAAGGCAUCUAUUUCGCAGCGAAAAGUGGAAGAAUGUGCGCGGAGGCAAUCAUUGAAGGGUCGGAGUAUGGGAAGAGAAUGGUGGAUGAGAUUGAUUUGAGGAAGUAUCUAGAGAAAUGGGACAAGACUUAUUGGCCAACGUAUAAAGUGUUGGAUGUAUUGCAAAAAGUUUUCUACAGGUCGAAUCCUGCAAGAGAAGCAUUCGUGGAGAUGUGCGCGGACGAGUAUGUGCAGAAGAUGACUUUUGAUAGCUAUUUGUACAAGAGAGUUGUGCCUGGUAAUCCUUUGGAUGAUUUGAAGUUAGCUUUUAAUACAAUUGGAAGCUUGGUGAGGGCUAAUGCUCUUAGAAAGGAAAUGAACAAGCUCAGUGUAUGAAGAAACAUGUAACUAAUUAACUUGAGAAACUAUGCUAGAUUUAUGCCUCUGUUAAUUUUCCCCUACCUUUGUGCGCUGGGAGAUUUAUAAUUUACAUAAUUGAUUUGCAUAUUUUGUUCAA